CAAAAGCGCUUUACACCCCUCAUACCAAAUGAUUUUAAAUUAAAUAGAAAAAAAUGCAUUUUGAGUUUGUAUUCGAUUGUCAUGACGGAAUGUAAAUUCUUUUUUUUACAUUCGUGGUUAACCUCUGGGUUUAUAUCACUUUAAAACGUGAGCGCCGAUAACUUGUCAAGUCACGGGGGGUAACGAAUCAAACGGAUAUCGUUAUACUCAAUGCACUGCGAAGGCACGGCGUCGCAAAGCUAACGUCAAAGCUCUUGCUGCAGCGGUUUACGUUAGUCACAACAAUGAGUGGCGAGACUGCAGUUUUCGUGAUACUUCUUAUCUGAGCGUGUCUUUUACAGACUACGAGGCGGAGGAUGGACCCCGUGGUGCUGAGCUACCAGGACAGCCUGUUGCGGCACUCCGAUCUGUCCUUACUGGAAGGACCCUACUGGCUCAACGACCAAGUCAUCGCUUUCGUCUUUGAGUACUUUGCCUCCGAGCGCUUCAGCGUCCUGGGCGAGACCGCGGCCUUCAUCAGCCCGCAGGUCGCCCAGUUCAUCAAGUGCGCCUCCUGCGCCAACGAGUUGGCCCUCUUCCUGGAGCCGCUGGAGCUCGCCUCUCGCCGAUGGGUCUUCCUCGCUGUCAACGACAACUCCGACCAGAGCGCCGGGGGCUCCCACUGGAGCCUCCUGGUCUACCACCGCGGCUCCAACCACUUUGCGCAUUACGACUCUCAGAGCGGCGGCAACUCGCUGCACGCGCGGCGCGUCGCCGCCAACCUGGAGCCCUUCCUGGGCGCGGGGGGGGGCGCGCUGUUUGUGGAGGAGCCCUGCCCGUCGCAGAAGAACAGCUACGACUGCGGCAUGUACGUGAUCUGCAUCGCCGAGGCCUUGUGCGAGAAGGCCAGGGUGGAGGGCUCGCCCCGCCUCCCCGUGCAAAUCGUCACCCCGGCCUACGUCACCCAGAAGAGGGCCGAGUGGUGCCGACUGAUCCAGACUCUAGCCCAGAAUGACCUCUGCUGCCGGCCCGCCCUUCCCGUUGCGCGUUGAUGGCGCCUCGCUUCGUGCAGACUAGUCACACGGCUUUCUGUUACAGUCUCCUUCAUGCUCAGUAAUUGAGGAAAAGAUAAGAUAAUAAAUUACAACUCUGGGUUUUCGUUGAGAGAUUGGUGUCACGUUUAUGACUGUUCACAGCAACACGAGCAUGAAGUAUAUUAAGUCAUUUCCCCCCCCCCCCACCGGCCACGUACUCUGUGAGGAUGGAGGAAAGGUCACAGACCUCCUUUGUAAUAGUGCGAAUGUAGAAAUGUUUACACAGAUUAUUGCUCAGGGUCAUUUUAAGAGAACUACAACGGACGAUAAGAAUGUGAACCUUUUUGGCGUUUGGCUCCCGCUUCGUGUCACAUGUUCAUAUCCUUAACUAGGAACUUUUAGCUUUGAACCGUUUCAAAGCUGGAUGCCGUAUGAGGGCGAGCCGUGGGUGAUGCGGCUGCUGAAGGGUCAAAAGGUUGGAAUGUACAUGUUCUCAAACUCCGUCUGUUGAUCUAAUAAACUGUAUAGUUGUCACAUUUUUGUUGACAAAAUGGGA